AUGUCAGAAGUUUUGGACUCGUUUCCUAUAAAUGACGAUAUCUUUUCUAUGCCAGCUACUACAACGACAGCAGGGGAAAUAGCGCAGCCACCUCAAGCAACUUCUGGCCCAUUUUUAAGCACUGACUUUGUGGAAGAAUCAGCUCAGCCAUCUGGGAGCUCUAUGAGUAGUGAAGUAGAUGAAGAAGAAAACGAAAGACAAAGGCAAAGGGACGUAGAGCAGCAAGCUUUUAAUAGGAAAUUGUACUUAAAAGAUGAAAAAGAGAGGACAAGAAAAGAUGAAAAGAGAAGAAAAGCCCAAGAAGAGCUCAAGAAAUGGCAUGAUGAUAGGAGGCAAAGAAUUCAACAAAAGAUGGAAUUUAAUAGGGAAGAAGAAAAGCAUAGUCGAGAAAUGAAGCAACAGCUAAGUCAUGGAAGCAGCUGGAAAAAGGUAGCUUCAAUGAUUAACUUUAACGAUGGGGGAGAGAGGAAAGAAGUUGCGAGAAUGAAAUCAGUUUUAUUAACUAAGAAGAACGAAGAUUAA